AGAUUAUAGUUUUUGGAAAAGUGCCUGCGAUUGUGCAGAUAAAGAAAUGUGAAUACCAAUUUAAGUCCAUUCACUUGAGCAACAAAAAUUUUAAUUUUUGGUAAAGCUCAAACCAAUUAAAAGAGUAAAUAAAGACCAGAGUUUGUCCACUUGACCAAGUUGCGGCUAUCGGCUCUAAUCAAGGUUCCAAAGUGUUUUUGGAGAACUCUUUCAACUGCUAUCUGCGCCGGGAGUGAUUACCUAUGUGCUCUAUGCUGUUGCUGCUGUUGGCACAGUUAGCCGAAAACACUGAUUAUGCCAUUGUUGCUAGCAAACUACUAUCAGCAGCAACUUCAGCGACGGCAGCAGCGUGUUGCUAGCAACAACGGCAUGUUACUUGAAUACAAAAGCCAUUGCAAUACAAAUCAGGCCAGCAACAAUUGCAGCAGCAACAGCAGCAGCGACAACAGCAACAACCAGCGACAGCUGUCCGCAGCGGAAGCACUAACAAUGUCAACGCCGACAACAACAUCGAAGUAUACAGUCAAUGGCGAGGCCACCGAAAGCGUUGCAGCAUCCACACUGCUCUACCACCAUCCGCACCACAGUCAUCAUCAUCAUCAUCACCAUCAGCAGUCACAGCAGCAGCAGCAGCAACAUCAUCACCAGCAGCAGUUGUUGCUGCAGCAGCAGCUCCUGCAGCAACAUGUGGCCAGCAGCUCGCCGCUGCAACAUCUGAGCAAUCUGUUUGGCCAGCAUUUGCCUACGCACAGUCUGCAGCAUUUGAUUGCCGCCGAGUACUGGCAGCAACAGCAGCAACAGCACCCAGCGACAGCAAUUAAAAUCGAGCCAACAACUCAAUCAGGGGCAGCAGCAUCGGUCUUUAGCUUCACGCCGCAGCAACACGUCAAUUUUGCCGCCUCAUUAGUCGCAUUACAGCAAAAUGAUGCCCUGCCCGAGGCAACAAUGGCAACAGCAACACCGACACCAGCGACAACUGCAGGAGCAGCAACAGCAACGGGCCCUGCAGCAGCGACAACAUCAGCAGCAUUGCAGGCGCCAACAGCAACACAAGCAGCAGCAACAAUUGACGACAUCGAUGAUGAUGAUGACGACAGCAACAUCGACAACCACAUGCAAAAUGCAGGCGUUGGCAACUUUAAAUUCGAGCCAGGCCAACAACAUGUCGGGGCUGCGAAUGAAGCCGUCUUAACGAGCCACGAGGAUAACAAAGAUGGAACUUUGACUGCUGUUGACACAAAUAUGCGCGAUGUCAGCGCAAAUCACAGCAGCUCCUUCGUCUCGUCCUCCCCCGCCUCCUCGACCCUGGUGUCCUGCCCCACCCCCUCCCCCCUGUCGGAAAAGGACGAGGACGAGGAGACACGGGACAAGAAGCUAACGCUCGAAUUGAAGUUGCAAUCGUGUGAUGAAUAUGUUGAGCAGCCAAAGGAUAAAGGAGUCGAACGGCUGCAUCCAGCUCAGAUUGCCAACAACAAUGCUUCGUCGCCUCUGCAGUUGAAAGUGGAGGAGCAGGAGGAGGAGCACGAGGGGGAGGGGGAGGAAAAGGACAUGGGACUGACCGGAGCAGCAGUUGCUCUCUAUGGCCACUUGAACAAUGCCAGCGAGGAUGUGCGAGAUUUAGAGCAGUGCCUGAAAUUGCAGGAGCCAAGUGAUAUCAGUCGCCUGUCGCGUUCGCCGUCGCCACUGCAAUCGAAUGCUUCAGAUUGCGAUGACAACAACUCGAGUGCGGGCACCUCGAGCGAUCGCUGUCGAUCUCCGCUGAGUCCUGCUCUGUCCUUGACCCACCAGCAGGCCAAGCGGCAGCUGCUGUCGCUGCAGCCCCACCCGGCCCACCACCACCACAAUCCGCAUCAUCUGAACCACCUGAGCCACCACCAGUACAAGCAGGAGGAGGACUACGAGGACGCCAAUGGCGGUGCCUUGAACUUGACCAGCGACAAUAGCCGCCACAGCACCCAGUCGCCGGCGAACUCGGUGAAGUCGGCGAUGGCGUCGCCGGUGCCGGUGAUCUCGGUGCCCUCGCCAGUGGCGCCCAUGAUCUCUCCGGUGCUGGCGCCCUCGGGCGGAGCGACCACGCCCCCUUCGAUGGCAGCAGCGGCCGCGGCGGCCGCCGCCAUGGCCUCCUCCAUGGGCUCCGGCAUCUCGCCCCUGCUGGCCAUUCCGGGCAUGUCCUCGCCACAGGCUCAGGCUCAGGCACAGGCACAGGCCCAACUGGCCGCCGCAGGCUUGGGCAUGAACAAUCCCCUGCUGACCGGCUCCCUGUCGCCGCAGGACUACGUCCAAUUCCAGCAGUUGCUGCAGCAGCGCCAGGUGGCCUUGACGCAGCAGUUCAACAGCUACAUGGAGCUGCUGCGCAGUGGCUCCCUGGGACUGGCGCAGGAUGACCCGGCCCUGACCACCCAGGUGGCCGCCGCCCAGUUCCUCAUGCAGAGCCAACUGCAGGCCUUGAGCCAGGCCACCCAGCAGCUGCAGGCCCUGCAGAAGCAGCAGCAGAGGCAGCAGGAGGAGCCACUGCAGCUGAACCACAAGAUGACCAUGGGGCAGCAGCCGCGCAGCUCCACGCCCCAUUCGGUGCGUAGUCCCAUUGCGAUCCGCAGUCCGGCCAGUUCGCCCCAGCAGCUGCACCACCACCACCACCACCAUCCGCUGCAGAUCACGCCGCCCAGCUCGGCGGCCAGUCUGAAGCUGAGUGGCAUGCUGACCCCCAGCACGCCCACCAGCGGCACCCAGAUGAGCCAGGGCACCACCACGCCGCAACCUAAGACGGUGGCCAGUGCCGCUGCUGCACGGGCGGCGGGUGAGCCCUCGCCGGAGGAGACCACCGACCUGGAGGAGCUGGAGCAGUUCGCCAAGACCUUCAAGCAGCGCAGGAUCAAACUGGGCUUCACCCAGGGCGAUGUGGGUCUGGCCAUGGGCAAACUGUACGGGAACGACUUCUCGCAGACCACCAUUUCGCGGUUCGAGGCCCUCAACCUGAGCUUCAAGAACAUGUGCAAACUGAAGCCGCUGCUCCAGAAGUGGCUGGAUGACGCCGAUAGGACCAUCCAGGCCACCGGCGGGGUCUUCGAUCCGGCAGCACUGCAGGCCACCGUGAGCACGCCCGAGAUCAUUGGGCGCCGGCGCAAGAAGCGCACCUCCAUCGAGACCACCAUCCGCGGUGCACUGGAGAAGGCCUUCCUGGCCAACCAGAAGCCCACCUCCGAGGAGAUCACCCAGCUGGCCGACCGCCUCGGGAUGGAGAAGGAGGUGGUGCGCGUGUGGUUCUGCAACCGCCGGCAGAAGGAGAAGCGCAUCAACCCCUCGCUGGACAGUCCCACGGGCGCCGACGACGACGAGUCCUCCUACAUGAUGCACUAGGCAUGGGGCAUCCAGCGAGGUCGCGUUUAGGGACAAAGACAGUGCAAUGUGCCGGAGAAAUCAAAGGAAGCUUAGCAACACUAUGAGCAGGUUCAAAGUCGCAAACACAUCAAAUACUAGCAUAAUUCUGUACUACGGAUAGGUAUACACUCCUACACAAAAUGGGGUUUGCUAUGUUAACUAUUAUUGGUAUUUAGUUUAAUGUAAUUGAAUUGAAAUUGAAAAUAUUGCUGUGCAAGUGAACUGGUUUAAGCUUGUGCGACAAAGUUCACUUGACCAUCAACAUUUUGCAGGCCAUAGGGAAAUGGUAUUUUUUGCUUCGACUAGCAAAUCAAUUCGAUUUCUUUAUGGUUUUUUGUGUCGUUUGUGUAUUACUAAUAUUUAAGUACAGUCUAUCCACAAUUUUCAAAGUCAACAUAAUUCCUAGCGAAUAAUUAUAAAGUUAAACACUUUCCACACAAACAAAAAGUAAAUUACUUACUAAGCAUAUUUAUUUUUCGCGUGAAUACUGUGAUAAUCAAUUUGAAUGAUUUUAAUUUUAAUUAAAAGAAAAAGAACACAAAGAAAAACAACAUAAACAUUAAUUAGGUAUACUUUGUAUGUUAUGGGCAAGUAAACUAACACAAAUAAAACAAAACAUUAAUGUAAACUUAAAUCCAUCGUAUUUAUGUGUAAAAACCAAUUGAAUUUAUGAAAAAGAAACACAAAAUCUUUUCCAAUUGUAAAACAUGAAAAAUCAUUAGAAUUUUUAAAUGUAUAACUACAAAAAGAGAAUCGAAAACUCACACAAAACAAUGAA